AUGAAAACACCUCAGCGUGCCAUGGCCGGAAAAGGUAUUCCAACAGAUGAGGAGCAGGCUGCAGGUUUAGAGCGACGCAUCCUACAGGCAAUGAAGAAGGGCCAGGAUCCAUACAGCAUACUCAAGCCAAAGGAAUACACUGGAACCAGAGGCGACCCUCAUAUUGUUCCAAGCAUCAAUAACAAACGUCUGGUUGGCUGCCUUUGUGAGGAGGACAACACAGCUAUAGUUUGGUUCUGGCUGCACGAGGGAAACCCGCAACGCAGCAUGUGGAUCUCAUUAUGAACUGGUUCAUCACGAGCUGCCGCAUUAAACUGAACUUCACCUGCAGGACCAUUUACACCUGAACCACUGCAGAAACACUGUGAGCCUCAGUGACUAUACCAAAUAUGUACAGAAUUCAUUAAU